CUUUCACUCCCUAGAUCUCAUUUCCCCUGCAAAACUCACACAUUGCCCACCGCCAUGUUUAGACCAAAACCCACAUCAAGAUUCAUCCUUUUAGCCCUCACCCUUCUCCUACUAACCAACUUGCUCACUUCCAUCACAGCCUCUGAACCCACCACAACUGAAAGUGAAGACAGUGAACUGGAGGAGUUACUGGCAUUGGAUGAUGAAGUGGAACAAGAUGAAGAGCAAGGAGUGAGGUCUUCAGAGGCUGAGGUGUUAACCAAAGCCCAAAGGAUUGUUCUUGAGCUCAAUCAUGACAAUACCAAGAGAGUGAUUGAGAAGAAUGAGUUUGUUUUGGUUCUUGGGUAUGCUCCUUGGUGUGCCAGAAGUGCUGAGCUUAUGCCUCAAUUUGCUGAGGCUGCAACUUCACUCAGUGAAUUGGGGAGUCCUCUUGUGAUGGCUAAGCUUGAUGCAGAGAGGUAUCCCAAAACGGCGUCUUCGCUUGAGAUCAAAGGGUUCCCUACCCUGCUUCUGUUUGUCAAUGGCACCUCUCAGGUUUACACUGGUGGAUUCUCUGCGGAAGAAAUAGUGAUAUGGGGCAGGAAGAAGACUGGUGAGCCUGUUAUAAGGAUAAGCUCGGUACCAGCAGCUGAAGAAUUUCUUAAUAGGCAUCAUAUAUUUGUCGUUGGUUUGUUUGAAAAAUUUGAGGGGCCAAACUAUGAUGAAUUUGUAAAAGCAGCAACAGCUGACAAUGCAAUCCAGUUUGUAGAAGUAAGCGACAGCAAUGUUGCCAGCGUUCUCUUUCCAAAUCUAAAACCAGCUAAUCUUUUCCUAGGAAUUGUGAAAAGUGAGGCUGAAAGAUACAAUGUGUAUGAAGGGACAUUUGAGAUGGAGAAAAUAUUGAAGUUCUUGGACUAUAACAAGUUUCCGUUAGUUAAUAAACUGACUGAGUCAAAUUCUGCCACAAUUUACUCCAGCCCUCUUAAACUUCAGGUCAUUAUUUUUGUCGAAGAAGAUGAAUAUAAGAAACUUCUGGAGCCUCUUCAGGAUAUUGCUCGACAGUUCAAGUCAGAGAUAAUGUUUAUAUACAUAGAUAUCACAGAUGAAAACCUCGCGAAGCCUUACUUAACUUUAUUUGGGCUUGAAGAAGCAGAGAGCACUGUGGUGGCUGCUUUUGAUGUCCGAGUCAACUCUAAAUAUCUAUUAGAAUCAAAUUUAACACCAAGCAAUAUUAAGGAGUUUUGUUUGGGGCUUUUGCAUGGUACUUUGUCACCAUACUUUAAAUCGCAACCAAUUCCUAAUAACACAAAUGAAACAGUCCAUGUUGCUGUAGGAAAGACAUUCGAUAAAUUGGUCUUGAAUAACUACAAGAAUGUUCUACUAGAGGUGUUCACACCAUGGUGCAUCACAUGUGAGACCACUACCAAGCGUGUUCAGAAGUUGGCUAAGCACUUCAAAAGUUCGGACAAUUUAUUCUUCGCACGAAUAGAUGCCUUUACAAAUGAACAUCCAAAACUGAACGUAGAUGACUAUCCAACACUCUUAUUCUACGCAGCCAAUGAUAAAGAGAAUCCGAUCAAGCUUUCUACAAAAACCAGCUUGAAGGACCUCGCCACAUCAAUCAACAAAUAUGUGAAAGCCAAAGAUGAAGUUGUUAAAGAUGAACUAUAGACAUAUACAAAUUGUUCUACAAGAACUCUGAGAUAGGAUGUGAUAGUGAUUACUUAGUGAUUUGUAACCUGAAGGCAUAAGGAAUUGGUAGAGGUAUCACUUUGUUCAAAGCAAGAUGAGUCUGUCAUCCUGUUGCCCCUUUUUCACGAGUUGCUCUGUUGCUGGAGGCGCAUACUUGUCAGUUAUUAUGAUUUAUGACAGUCGCCACCGUACUUGGAUCAAGUUCACAAGGAUUUUAGUGAUAUGCUAUAUAAACC